AUGUUCUCCGCCGCAUCAUCGGACACGCCCAGCGGAGUUCUCCUCUCCGUCGUCGCCAUAAUCGUUGGCCUGGCUUCAUACGCCGCUUACCGCACGCUCUCCCCAGGUCGCCCUCUCGCCUCGCUCCCUCCGGGCCCGAGACCUCUUCCGCUGAUCGGUAACCUCCUUGAUCUCCCUCGCUCACAUCCAUGGGUGAAGUUCUCUGAAUGGGGUGAUAUCUACGGCGGUAUCGUACAUGUUAGCUCUCUCGGUCAAAGCAUCAUCAUCCUCAAUGAGCCCAAGUAUGCCAUCGACAUGCUCGACAAGAAGGGCGCCCUAUACGGCGACCGUCCGACGCUCGUCAUGGGCGGCCAGCUCGUUGGCUGGGACCAGAGCCCCGCCCUCAUACCAUUCGGUGACCAAUGGUCGGAAUACCGCCGCCUCUUCAGCCACUUCAUGGGCACAAAGGCGAAGGUCGACGCUUACAACCCCAUUCUCCACGAAGAGACGAACGUCUACCUGAAGCAUAUCCUCGCCACCCCCAUGACUGGAUCGAGCACACGAGACAGUAUGCCUUUCGCCGGCGGGCUCAUCUUACAGCUGGCGUACGGCUAUAGAGCCUCUGAUCCAGGUGGCAAGGGACUUAUCAAGCUCGCGGACGACGCGAUGGAAGGCUUCUCAGAGGCGAUAACGCCGAACGCGUUCCUCGUUGACGUCCUUCCCAUUCGUCAGUCUCCCUCUUACUGCGAGGUCGUCGUAGUUCCGAUUAUGACUCCAAUAGUGCGCUACGUGCCUUACUGGUUCCCGGGCGCCGCAUGGAAGCAUAAGGCCAAACUGUACCAUGACUCUCUCCAGGAGAUGCUGCGAGCUCCGUUCGAACUCGUGAAGCGACAAAUGGCUGCAGGUGUCGCGCGGCCCUCCUUCACCCAGAACCAUCUCGAUGGACCACCGCUGACUCCAGAUCAAGAGCGCGUAGUUCAAUGGGCAGCCGCAGGAAUUUACGGCGCAGGCAUAGAAUGCCUUUUCUUGGGACUCACGCGACACACAGCUGAGCAGGGCAUAGCUCAGGCCGAGCUUGAUGCCGUACUUGGGCAUGACUGCCUCCCGACGCUCGCCGACCGCGAGCGUCUGCCCUAUUGCGAGGCGCUCUAUCUCGAGAUCAUGCGCCGCUACACCUUCAAUCCUCUCGGACUGGCACAUGUGGCGCGCGAGGACGACGUGCAUGAUGGGGUUUUUAUCCCCAAGGGUUCUAUUAUCGUGCCCAAUAAUUGGUGUGCAUGCCUCUCCGCUCGACGGCUCCAAGCCCCCCUAACGACCGCCCCGCAGGCGCGUUUCCUGGGCACGGCAAAGCAGUAUGACCCGCGCAAAUACCUCUUCGGGUAUGGACGUCGGUGCACUCCGCGUGCUGACACUAUUCGUGCAUCAGGUGUCCACCUCGCAGACGCAUCCAUGUGGCUCGCGUGCUUGUCGAUCCUCGCCGUGUUUAACGUCGCGCCGCCGAUGAAGGACGGCGAACGCGUCGUUCCCCCAGCAAAUUUCACGAACAGCGGGAUCAGUCAUCCCGAACCAUUUGAGUGCGUGGUCAGGCCGCGGAACACGGGCUCAGAGAAGCUUGUGCACGGGCUCCCGGGCAAUUUCUAG